AUGGAAUUUCUUCUGGCUCUCAUCGUAGUAUUUCUCCACGGCAUUCCAGGUUCCAAUGGCCUAUGGACCGUUAGCAGGCUAACGGCCAAAGCUGGCGGAUCAGUCACCAUACCCUGUCACUAUCAUAAAAUGUUCCGGAAUCACGAUAAGUACUGGUGUAAGGGCAAGGGCUGGUCAACAUGUAUAGUCCUGGGGGGAACUAACACUAGACAGAGGAGAGCCAACAUGACAGUAACGGACGACCCGACCGAACUGGUUAUGACAGCGACCAUGUCCAAUCUGAAGACAACGGAAACGAACCGAUACUGGUGCGCAGUGAAGAUUGGAGGCUUCAUGAAACCGGACGUCAGGACGUCGCUGGAGCUCACCGUCACUGACGAUCUUCCAGAUUUGUCGGCGGCGAACUCAAUGUUAUCCGCCCAACAAGGAGGCAACGUCAGCGUCCAGUGUCUCUACCACAACAAGAUGAAAUACAAGGAGAAGAAAUGGUGUCGUAGUGGGGAUUUGCACUCGUGUCGGUCACUGGAUGACCUCGAGCCCCCCCAGCACGGUUCUCUACAGAUCAGCGAUGACGAAAACGGAACGUUCACCGUUACCGUCGGCGGGCUGGAGAGGGAAGACAUGGGCUGGUACUGGUGUAUGGCUGGGGAUGUGCAGUACCCAGUUCACAUCACUAGUUCAAAGCUGGAUCACAGCUUUGACUGUUUCUUUUACCCUGUGUCUUUUGAUGAUAUUAAUCGGCGUUUCCUGGAAGUGGUGUCGACAGAAGAAGAUGAGCUCAAUGCCAAACCGGAUGAUAUCACGCUAUUUUGCAUUGUAACCUUUUGA